CAUUGUUAAUCGAUAGGUUUCCUCCUGGAAGAAAGAGAAGGAAUGAAUAACACAGACUAAAAAACAAAAAAUCAUCCGCCGUCCGAGUGAUUGUUUUCCUGCCUGCCCAGCAACUGAAUCGGAAAUAGCCAGAGCCCGGGCAUCCCAGCAUCCCCGGAGAGUGCGAUGAACCUCACGGAGCAAAAUCCGUACGGCAACGGGCUGCUCUACGCAGCCUUCAAUCAAGACCAGGGAUGCUUUGCCUGUGCGACGGACACCGGGUUCCGGGUCUACAACUGUGAUCCGCUGAAGGAGAAGGAGCGCCAAUACUUUCCAGAGGGUGGUCUCAGCCAUGUGGAGAUGCUGUUCCGCUGCAAUUACCUGGCCCUGGUGGGCGGCGGCAUCCGGCCGCUGUAUCCGCCCAACAAGGUGAUCGUCUGGGACGACCUGAAGAAGUCGCCGGCCAUCUCGCUGGACUUCAAUCAGCCCGUCCGCGCAGUGCGACUGCGUCGCGAUCGCAUAGUGGUGGUGCUGGAGGGCGUGAUCAAGGUGUUCACCUUCACCCAGCAGCCGCAGCAGCUGCACGUGUUCGAGACCAGCUCCAAUCCCAACGGGCUGUGUGUGCUGUGCCCGCACAGCAACAAGAGCCUGCUCGCAUUCCCCGGCCGACGAACUGGCCACGUUCAGAUCGUCGACCUGGCCAACACGGAGCGGGCACCGCUGGAGGUGAUCGCCCACGAGGCGGGCAUCAGCUGCAUUGCCCUCAAUCUGCAGGGCACGCGACUGGCCACCGCCGGCGAGAAGGGCACGCUCAUCCGCAUCUUCGACACGGAGAGCGGCAAGAAGGUGUCGGAGCUGAGGCGAGGCAGCAACCACGCCAACAUCUUUUGCAUCAACUUCAAUCAUCAGUCCACAAUGGUGGUCGUCGCCUCCGACCAUGGCACCAUACACGUCUUCAACCUGGAGGACAACAAGCCCCGUGAAUCCUCGCUGCCCAUAAUACCCAAGUAUUUCUCGAGCCAGUGGAGCUUUGUCAAGUUUUCGAUACCCCAGGGACCACGUUGUGUUUGUGCCUUCGGCGCCGAUCCCAAUUCGGUUGUGGCCAUUUGUGCAGACGGCCACUACUAUAAAUUCCUAUUCAACAACAAGGGCGAAUGCAGUCGCGACAUCUGCACACAAUUCCUUGAGCUGCAGGACGACGAGACCUAGUUGCGAACGCCUUUGAUGCAUCUAUACAAUUAUAUAUCUCCAUGGAAAUGUGUUAUACAAUAUUACUUAUAAGCAUGCUUUAAAAUACGUUAAAAGUCGAGUUCACAUAAAAAGUAGUUAAACAUUGAGACGUGUCAGUGAA